AUGCCGUAUAUUCGCGCGAGUAUUUGCGAUAACUGUCAGUACUGCAGUUGCCGGGCAGUUGUCGAGAUGUGCGUGGCGCGCUCUUGUCUAAUUUUCUUCCCGCUCGCGUUGCUCAUCGUCAAUGGCCACGGCGCGCGAAUCCUCGGGCUGUUCCCGCACGUGGGCAAGAGCCAUUACAUGGUCUUCCAACCGCUGCUGCAGAAGCUAGCUGAGCGCGGACACCAAGUAACUACCGUCUCCUUCUUCCCGAUGCGGAACCCGCCUGCCAACUAUACGGACGUGAGCUUAGAAGGUGCCUCGCAUUUAGGGUUAGAGUCGAUGGACCUAUCGAACUUCGAGUAUAGGAGUCCUCUUAUGAGCGUGCCGCUCUUGAACACGUUAUUACAAAGCCUGCACGAAGUGACGGUGUUACGCGACGUCGGACUGCGCGUCUGCGAGAGCAUCUUGAACUGGCCGUCCCUUGCCGAUGCUCUUACUCGGGAGUACGACCUGGUGCUGAUGGAGAAUUUCAACAGCGACUGCAUGUUAGGGCUGAUGCACGUGUACGGAAUGAGAGCGCCCAUCGUGGGUAUAUCUUCAUGCACAUUGCUGCCGUGGACAGCCGACAGGUUUGGCUUGGUGGACAAUCCUGCAUACGUCCCUUUGAUCACUACCUCCUAUACAACAAAUAUGACGUUCAAGCAGAGACUGGAGAACUCGUUCGUGAACCUCUACCUGAAGUAUUGGUACCACCAAUUGCAAGAGGAGGAGCGUGGAAUGAUUGAAAGGCACUUCGGUGUGAAGGUCCCAGAUUUGGAGGAACUGGGCAAGGAGCAGACCGUGGCAAUAUUG